AUGUUGUUCAAAUUCCUUCUCCUCUUCACUCUCCUCGCCGAGCUGGGUCUCGCGCACCAGGUGCAGCGCCUUGGAUACCUACCUCAGCACCAGGUCAAGCGUCAGAAUGCUGCCCCAUCGCCCAUCCUCUCCAGCAUCAGCAUCCCGCCUCCUCCUCUUUCGACUGGCGCUGGUGCCAACGUUCCCGCCCCGCCCGCUCCGGCCGGAACCACGGGCAGGUUCCUCAACACCACCCGUCCUGCUGCAGCUGCGUCUCCCCCACCGCCGAGCUCUGCCGCCGCAGCUCUUCCCCCAGCAGUGAGCUCUGCCGCUGCUGCCGCUCCUCCCCAGAUUUCGACCCUGACAGAGGUCGCCACCGUCACCUCGCUCCUGUCCAACAACGUCACCACCACCCAGGUCGUCACGACGGAGCGCACCGUCACCGCCGCUGCCCCCAUCAUCAUGCAGCCGCAGAUCAUCAUCAUCUCCCAGGUCACCUUCUUCAACUUCAACUCCGCCCUCGGCGGCGCAUGCCCCCCUGUCCAGCAGGGCCAGCAGGGCGGCUUCAUCGUCGCCGGCCAGCAAUUCCAGCAGUUCCAGUCCGCCUGUAGCGCCGCCUGUGGCAUACAGCUCUCUCAGUGCCAGAGCAUCACUGGACAGGGUUUCCAGCUCUCUCAGUGCCAGUCCCAGCACAUCGCUUGCCAGAACGCCGCAAAGACCGCCACCGUCACUGUCACCGUCCCCACGACCGUCACCCAGACCGUGGUCCUGCCCAACGGCCAGACCUCUGGUGCUGCUGGUGGUGUUGCUUCUGGCGUUGCCGAGGCGGGCGGCUCCGUCAUCGCCACCACCACCCUCCCCGCUGGCGCCGGCGUGGCCGUCGGAACCGGAGGCGUCUCGAUUGUCACCGUCACGGCUACCCCCGCGGCUCCUCCUGCCCAGCCUGCCGCCCCUCAGACCAGCGUCGUGACUACCACUAUUGUAGCCAACCCUGGCCAGCCCGACGCCACCCCCGUGGUGUCUGUCAUCACUGUCACCGAGCACGCUGGCGCCGCGCCGUCCAUGCCUGCCGGAGGAGGCAAUGCUGCUGGAGGAGGCAAUGGUGCUGAAGGAGGCAAUGGCGCUGAAGGAGGCAAUGGUGCUGGAGAAGGCAAUGGUGCUGAAGGAGGCAAUGGCGCUGAAGGAGGCAAUGGUGCUGGAGAAGGCAAUGGCGCUGAAGGAGGCAAUGCUCCCAUGCCCGUCGUUACUUCCGCUCUUGUUUCGACCCUCCCUGCUGCGGGCGGUUUGCCUCCCGUCGUCUCCACGAUCUACGUCACCAAGACCGCCGAGGCUGCCCCUCCUCCCCCUCCUCCCUCUCCUCCCGCGCAGGCCCCCAAGCCCGAAGCACCCAAGCCCGAGGCACCCGCCGCAGCGCCGGUCACUUCGGCACUGGCUUCGACCCUGCCGGCUGAGGGCACAGCCCCUCCCGUCGUGACCACCGUCUACGUCACGGCCCAGCCGCCCGCAGCCACCGCCCCUCCCCCGCGCGUCAUCACCGUCACCGUCGGCACCCUUACCGGCGUCGUGACCGUCUCCGACGAAGCCCAGAGCACGGCUUCUGCAACAACCGUGGCGCAGGCCCUCCCCAGCCCUGGGACCGAGGGCGGCGCAGGCGAGCAGGACUGCGUUCCCGUCACUGUCACCGCAAGUUGCGUCCCAGUUACCGUCACCCAGACCGUCUCCUCGUGCCCCGCGCCCACCGGCGAGCUCAAGCACGUCAAGGAAGCGUUCAGGAAGCACGGGCACACAAAAGAACGCGACGUGGCCUACCGCCCCCGCAACUUCGGGCGCGCCUUUGGCUCGUGGUAA